GUCACGGCGCGCCGGCAACGGUCCAGCUGGGCAGCUCUGGGGGUCGCGGGAGCUGAGCGGCUGUGAGCGCGGGCGCCUCUCGGUGGGCGCCGCCGCUUCGUGAUUUACAGCCCUGGAGAAUCUUUCCUUGCUUUUUUCACCCCCUGCAGAGAUAAACUCCAUUGUGGAAACCUUAAAACUUUAUAAAGGGACGUGGUGUGAAUUCUAUGGAGUGUAAUUUUGUGUAUGAAUUAUAUUUGAAGUGUUUUGGAGCAUUUUCAGAAAGAAGGCUCCAUUCGAUAUAAUCAGUUCCUUUAAUAUUUUGUUAGGCAUUUACAAUAACAAAAGCUAACUCUCUAGAUAAAUUGAUUCAUCCUUAUACAUAACUCAUAACAGAAUGGCCCUUACAUGAAGAGCAGGUUAAUUUUUUUCAUGUAGUAUAAAGUGUAUGUUGUGAAAUUUUAUGGAUAACAAGUUUAUGGGGAAAAUGCUGUCCAUUGGCCAGGUAUAAUAAAGUGGUAGGGUUAGAAGUGAAGUAUACAAUAUUUAACUAAGAAGAGUAAGUUUGUGAGCUUUCAGCAAAAUUCAUUUGUCAUAUAUACUAUACCAGGCUUAGACUCAAUAAAGCUUCAGAUGCUGCCUUCUCCAAAAGUUGACUGGAACUAAUUUGACCCACUUUUAGUAUUGUAAUAGUUAACUAUAUGAAAUUUUAGGUAAUGUUAACUGUAGGAGACUAAUUACUUGUGUUAGAAUAAAAUGAGGAUGUUUUGGAUGUCCUGCUAAAGUGCUUAUCAGGGUCAGAAGCCUGCAUGCUAACUUGUGGCAUGAUCAGUACUUGGCUCCAUACACAGGCUUCAUUGCUUGUCAUCAAAAGCAAAUUAAAGGCAUAUUGUAGAUGUUUAAUAGUUUCUUAAAAUUUUGAGAAUGUGAACCUUUUUGAAAGAAAUUUAAUGCUUUCAGAAAAUCAUAAACUUCGGUUCUUUAGGUGUAUUUGAUCAGCUUAUGAGUAAAAGACUUAAUAUAAUCCCAUAGAGUACUAACUAGUAUCUUGGUCACUUAAGAGAGAUUCAACUAAAUAGGAAUUAUAUAUAAAUAGGAGUUUAUCAUUCUUUUUAGUGAUUAGAAUCCACUUUAGUGGGAAGUGAUAAGAAACUGGACAUAUAAGUAUUUAGAUAUCUAAAAGUAUUGUUACCUAUUCAUGCACAAAACUACCUCCCAGAGUUGCUUAAUAUCAGCUAGGUGUAUAAUGGAAGAUAGAACCUUCUUGUCAAAUUGGACAGAAGACAAACAGAAAAUGAAGUAUGACUUUUCCUGUGAACUGUACCGCAUGUCCACAUACUCGACUUUCCCCACCGGGGUUCCUGUCUCAGAAAGGAGUCUUGCCCGGGCUGGCUUCUAUUACACUGGGGUGAAGGACAAGGUCAAGUGCUUCUGCUGUGGCCUGAUGCUGGACAACUGGAAGCGAGGCGACAGCCCUGCGGGAAAGCACAAACAGCUGUACCCCAGCUGCAGCUUUGCUCAGAGCCUAACUUCAGCUACUCUGCAGUCCACCUCUAAGAACACCUCUCCAGUGAGAAGUGCCUCUGCACAUUCCUUGUCCCCUCCUCUGGAACACAGCAGCUUAUUCAGUGGUUCUUACUCUAGCCUUCCGCCAAACCCUCUUCACUCUAGAGCAGUGGAAGACCUCUCUCCACUGAGGACAAACUUCUACAGUUAUGCAAUGAGCACUGAAGAAGCCAGAGUUCUUACUUACAAUGGGUGGCCCUUGAGCUUUUUGUCACCAUUAGAAUUGGCAAGAGCUGGCUUCUACUAUAUAGGACCUGGAGACAGGGUAGCCUGUUUUGCCUGUGGUGGAAAGCUGAGUAACUGGGAACCAAAGGAUGAUGCUAUGUCAGAACAUCGGAGACAUUUUCCCCACUGUCCAUUUUUGGAAAAUUCUCUAGAAACACUGAGAUUUAGUAUUUCAAAUCUGAGCAUGCAGACACAUGCAGCUCGAAUGCGAACAUUUAUGUACUGGCCACCUACUGUUGCAGUUCAGCCUGAGCGGCUUGCAAGUGCUGGCUUCUACUACGUGGAUCGCAAUGACGAUGUCAAAUGCUUUUGUUGUGAUGGUGGCUUGAGGUGUUGGGAAUCUGGAGAUGAUCCAUGGGUAGAACAUGCCAAAUGGUUUCCAAGGUGUGAAUUCUUGAUAUGCAUGAAAGGUCAGGAGUUUGUUGAUGAGAUUCAAGCUAGAUAUCCUCAUCUUCUUGAACAGUUGUUGUCAACUUCAGACACUGCUGGAGAAGAAAAUGCUGAUACACCAAUUGUUCGUUUUGGACAUGGAGAAAGUUCUUCAGAAGAUGCAGUCAUGAUGAACACGCCGGUGGUUAAAGCUGCACUAGAGAUGGGCUUUAGUCGAAGCCUGGUGAGACAGACGGUUCAGAGUAGAAUCCUCACCACAGGGGAGAACUACAAAACAGUUAAUGAUAUUGUUUCAGCACUUCUUAAUGCAGAAGAUGAAAGAAGAGAAGAAGAGAAAGAAAGACAAGCAGAAGAGAUGGCAUCAGAUGACUUGUCAUUGAUUCGGAAGAAUAGAAUGGCUCUGUUUCAACAAUUGACGUGUGUCCUUCCUAUCCUGGAUAAUCUUUUAAAGGCUAAAGUAAUUAAUAAACAGGAACAUGAUAUUAUUAAACAAAAAACACAGAUACCUUUACAAGCAAGAGAACUGAUCGAUACCAUUUUAGUUAAAGGAAAUGCUGCAGCCAACAUCUUCAAAAACUGUCUACAAGAAAUUGACUCUGCAUUAUAUGAGAACUUAUUUGUGGAAAAGAAUAUGAAGUACAUUCCCACAGAAGAUGUUUCAGGUCUGUCACUGGAAGAGCAACUGAGGAGACUGCAAGAAGAACGAACUUGUAAAGUGUGUAUGGACAGAGAAGUCUCUGUUGUAUUCAUCCCUUGUGGCCAUCUGGUGGUAUGCCAGGAGUGUGCUCCUUCUUUAAGAAAAUGCCCUAUCUGCAGGGGUAUAAUCAAGGGCACUGUUCGGACAUUUCUCUCGUAAAGAAAAGUAGCCUUCAUAUAGUGUUGACUUUGGAAGCCAUCUGAAACAACGAAUUACUGAUUCUUCAAAUUAGCCAUUUUGCCCUACUGCUUUCAUAGUCUUGUUUGAUAAAGUCAGUAUUGCGUACUGCAUCUGUUUGUGUAGUUGCAAGGGACAAUUGAGACUUGAUGCGCCAAGUUUGUAAUGUGUGUGAGCGUAGGAAGUAUUGAUGGAGUAGCAGUGACUAGUAGGUGCCUGGACCGCCUGGACUGGAUGUUCUCCAUGAGCUCUGAUAACGGGCGGCCAUGCAUUAUACCAAAUUCUCCUUGGUGUUUAUUAUGGAAAAUAGGAUUUUUCUGUUACUGGUAAAUAAGGUCUCUCAUAGUUUGUGAGAAACAUUUUAAUAAAAUGCUUAAAACAGUUUACAUCA